CUCGUCAAAAGCCCCAAUUCAAGCCCCCAGAGCUCCCGUUUCUCUCUUCUCAGCCUCCCUACAAAACCCUUCUCAGCUCUGAAAAUAUCGUCUCCAAAAACCCUCAAAUUCUCUUUAUCUGCAGCGACAUCUUCUCUCUAGGGUUAGGGUUUCAGGCGAUCCGAUCUUUCUCUUGUCUGUGUAGGAUUUUGAUGGUUCAGCUGGUGGAUUCCGGCAAGCUCAGGCCGGAUUCCGAUUCGUCGUGCCCGGGCAAGUUGCCAGUGAAGUUGGAGAUCGAGGAUCCGUUGGAUGAAGAGCACGGCCCGCUGAAUAAACGGUCAAAGAUCUCCGCCCCUUUUGACCAGCAGUGGAGCACAGGAAGCAGCACUAUUUCUCCCCAACCUGCGCACUAUAAUCCUCUUGAUGAACCUAGUCCAUUGGGUUUACGGCUGAGGAAAAGUCCGUCAUUGUUGGAUCUAAUUCAAAUGAGGCUUUCUCAAGGGAAUGCUGUUUCAGGAGUUACAACUAGUGAAAACCUUGAACUGGGUAAAAAGAAGGAUGUUAAGUGCACCAGUGUUUCAGCUCCUACUGACAAGCUGAAGGCUUCCAACUUCCCUGCUUCACUUUUAAGGAUAGGGACUUGGGAGUGUGUGUCGAGAUAUGAAGGUGAUUUAGUGGCAAAGUGCUAUUUUGCAAAGCAUAAGCUAGUCUGGGAGGUUCUUGAUGGUGGUCUCAAGAGCAAGAUAGAAAUCCAAUGGUCAGAUAUCACAGCUCUGAAGGCAACCUGCCCUGACAAUGGUCCUGGAACCAUGGAUAUAGUGCUGGCUAGACAGCCUCUUUUCUUCAGGGAGACCAAUCCGCAGCCUAGGAAGCAUACGUUGUGGCAGGCAACUUCAGAUUUUACAGGUGGACAGGCAAGCAUACAGAGGAGACAUUUUCUACAGUGCCCGCAAGGCUUGCUAAGCAAGCAUUUCGAUAAGCUUAUCCAGUGCGAUCCUCGCCUGAACAUGCUGAGUCAACAACCUGAGAUUAUCGUUGAUAAUCCAUACUUCGAAUCUCGAGUUUCUGUUUUCGAGGACCAAGAUGAAUCCAAAUCCCAUGGCUUUGAUCAUCUGAAGAGUGAAUAUGUAUCCACCUUCUCAGGUUUCCAAGAUGCAGCAGCAUCGCCAUCAGCUGCUCAGUCAUCUUCCUCCUUGAAUGAGCUACGUGACCCUGUUGGUAGAAGAGCGCCUGAAGCUGAGUCCCGUGGAAGUCCUUCACCAAGCUCAGUUAUGGAUGCCCGAGCCAUUGAGGAAAGCAGCAGCAAUGAGAAUGAGGAGUUGAAGCAGCCACGUCACUGGGAUCAACUCAAAGUGCCCGGAAUCCGUCCCUCCAUGUCCGUGAGCGAUCUGGUGACCCACAUUGGACAGUGCAUGCAGAUGACUUCCAGCAAUCCAACUGGAGAAGGAUCGUGGGGUAGAGACAUGCUCGAUGAGAUAACCCAGUACCUACUCAGCGAUUCCCAGUUCUCGGCAGCCUCUGAUGAGCAAUCCCUCAUGUCGAGGGUGAACUCCCUCUGCUGCCUACUGCAAAAGGAUGCUGCCACAGUCCAAGACCCGCAGGUCAAAAGUGAAGGUGUGCAAGGAGUUGAAGAUGGCCCGGGCAAUCAGCUAAAGUCUCUGCCAGAAUCGGCAUGCGAAGAUAAGGCAGUUUGUGAUUUUCUGGCAUCCGAGGGGGAAUUGGACGAUGUUUCUGACCGCAAGAAACCGCCGGCCAUGUCGCGAAAAGACUCGGUUGGGGAUCUGCUGCUACACCUUCCUCGAAUUGCUUCUAUGCCACAGUUCUUAUUCAACAUCUCAGAAGAUGUUGAUAAUCAAGCUAGAUAGCAACCGUUGUAGAGAUGACACUCAAAAGACCUCUUGUUAUUCUCUCAUUUACUAGGGAGGAGCUCUGUUUGCAGUUGUGCACCUGCCGUCGCCAAACCCAGAUUCCCCACACAUCCUGAUGUGUCACGCUGGUGAGAUCUCCCAUUAAUCAUGUGGGCCAGGCAAUAUGUGGAGAAAAAAAAACAAAUAAAAUCAACGGGUAGAAAUGGAAUACCAAUGCUCAGCUUCACUGUAGCCUGACAAGCAUUAUUUUGGGGGAGAACAGGUUGUAGGCAAAGCCUACAAUCGUGUGUAGGUGAUCAGUUAUCUAUAAUUGGGCCAGGGGAGAUUUAACGGUGAUGAAUGGCCUGGUCCCUGUGUGCCAUGUUAGCAUGUGUGGUCUAGGUUUGGUGACUGUAAAUGCACGGCUUUCAAGUAGAGAUGUGCACCUCGUAGUGAAUGGGGAUAUAUUGCAUGUUUGUAUGGAUGUCUUUUGCAUGUCAGGAAUCAGAAAUAUGGUGAUGAUGAUGGUCCUAAAUUAAGUAGUGGAUGUUGAUUUGUAUUGAAGCCUUUUUCUUUUGCAUAUCCUUGUAAAAUAAUACCCCACCUGAAGCCAAGUUAAAAGUCUCUCUCUC